GUUUUUUAUUUAUUAAAUAUAACUUUUGUUUGUGUGUGUGUGUGUGUGUGUGUGUGACGACAAUUAGUUUGGAAAUAUAUCUUUUCAAUAGAUAAUUUUUUUUAAAGAAACAAAAGAAUGGAUAAUCUUCAAUCGGCAAUAUUAUCCCGCUUUACAAAUGCAAUGCCAACGCCUAUACGAUUACGAGAUCUGAUAAGACAGAUUCGUGCCGCUCGUACAGCCGCUGAUGAACGUGCUGUUGUACAAAAAGAAUGUGCUUAUAUUCGAUCAACAUUUCGUGAAGAAGAUAAUGUUUGGCGUUGUCGUAAUGUAGCUAAAUUACUUUACAUACAUAUGCUCGGCUAUCCUGCACAUUUUGGCCAGCUUGAAUGUCUUAAACUGAUCGCAUCUAAUCGAUAUACGGAUAAACGAAUUGGUUAUUUAGGCGCAAUGUUAUUAUUGGAUGAACGUCAAGAUGUUCAUCUAUUAAUCACCAAUUCAUUGAAAAAUGAUUUAAAUAGUCCACAACAAUUCAUCGUUGGUCUAGCAUUGUGCUGUUUGGGUGCCAUUUGUUCGGCCGAGAUGAGUCGUGAUCUACUUGAUGAAGUUGAACGUUUAAUGAAAUCAUCAAAUUCUUAUAUUAAAAAGAAAGCUGCACUUUGUGCUGCUCGUAUGGUCAGAAAAAUACCCGAUUUAACCGAAAUGUUUAUGAAUACUGCUAGAAAUUUUUUGUCGGAAAAAAAUCAUGGCUGUCUCAUAACCGGCAUUACUUUAAUUACAGAGAUGUGUGAACAAAAUCACGAUGCAUUAAAUUUCUUCAAAAAGAAUACUGAGACUGUUCACAGCCUUGUUCGAAUACUUAAAAAUCUAAUCAUGUCCGGUUAUUCACCUGAACAUGAUGUAUCAGGUAUUAGUGAUCCAUUUUUACAAAUCAAAAUUUUGCGACUGCUACGUAUAUUAGGACAUAAUGAUGAAAUUACCAGCGAAAUUAUGAAUGAUAUUCUAGCCCAGGUGGCAACGAAUACAGAAAGCAGUAAAAAUGUCGGCAAUGCUAUUCUAUACGAGACUGUGAUUUCUAUAAUGGAUAUUAAAUCCGAAAGUGGUUUGCGUGUUUUAGGUAUCAACAUAUUAGGCCGAUUCUUAUUGAAUACCGAUAAAAACAUCCGUUAUGUUGCAUUGACUACAUUAUUAAAAACUGUACAAGCUGAUUACAAUGCAGUACAACGACAUAGAUCGACAAUUGUAGAUUGUUUAAAAGAUCCAGACAUAUCGAUCAGGAAAAAAUCUAUGGAACUUUGUUUUGCAUUAAUGAAUGAAAACAACAUCAAAACCAUGACCAAAGAGCUCAUUUAUUUUCUAGAAAAAGCAGAUCCUGAUUUUAAAUCCAUUUGUUCAUCGAAUCUUUGCAUUUCGGCCGAAAAAUAUGCUCCAGAUUCUAGAUGGCACAUUGACACAGUUAUUAGAAUAUUGAAUACAGCUGGAAAUUAUGUACGCGAUGAUGUUGUUUCGUUGUUGAUUGAAUUAAUAUCGAGUUGUGAUUCAUUACAUCGCUAUUCGGUUUGUCAAUUAUGGUUGCAAUUGAACGAUGGUGAUUUACCGAGCAAACAACCUUUGUUACAAGUUGCUAUGUGGACAUUGGGAGAAUUUGCUGAUAUGUUGAUUCAGGCAAGCGGCAGUGAAGAAUUAAAUGAAUCCGAUGUAGAUGAAAGUCAAAUAAUUGAAAAAUGUCACGAAAUUUUUAUAAAGAAUCAGAUCACUUUAGUUACAGAAGAAUAUACGAUCAACGCAUUGAUAAAGUUGAGCGUUCGAUUUCCCAAUCAAACCGCUAAAGUCAAACAGAUUGUUGACUUUUUUGGUUGUAGCCACAGUAUUGAAUUGCAACAACGUUCAGUCGAGUUUGCCACAUUAUUCUCUCGGCAUAAUAAACUAAGACCAAGUAUUUUUGAACGUAUGCCACAGAUACCUAAAAAUGAACGUAAAAUAUUCUCUAAGAAUGAAAAAAUGGAAGAAAUAAACAAACCAGACAGUAUGGAACAAUCAAAUGAAUUAAUAGCAGCUACUGGUGAUUCAGCUAUGCCGAAUGAUAGUUCGGCUUUAUUAGAUCUUCUUGAUUUAUCGCCUACAUCCUUUGUAAACCCAUUACCAUUGCCAGAUACAAACGUGAUUACUACAGGUUCAACAAAUGAUGUACUGGAUUUAUUAGGUUCCAUUGAAAAUAAUGAUACGUAUAACACUACACCUGAAAUCAAUGUAUUGAAUGAAACAUUAGGCGAUAGUUUUAAAAAGAAUGAUCUGAACAAUUUGGACGCAAUAUUAAAAUAUAACAACAAUAGUUCGAUGAAUGGCAGCAUCGAUGGUCAACAAAAUAAUUCCAUUUCAUUUAAUAAUGAAAAUAACAUUUUCGAUAUGAUGGUAAAACAGGAACCGAUUGUUAGCGAAAAAAUCUCCCCAAUCACAGCGUUCGAUAAGAAUGGAUUAAAAAUUGUUUUCCAAUUCGAACGUUGUGCAGACAAUCCGUUAACUAUUUCAAUAACGAUGAUUGCUACAAAUACUACAGAUCAACCUAUGAAUGAUUUUUUGUUCCAAGCAGCUGUGCCCAAGUCAUUCCAACUUCAAUUGAUGCCUCCUUCUAGUACGAUCAUUCCAGCAAAUAAUAAUGGCUCAAUAAAACAGGUGAUCAAAGUAGUCAACCCGAAUAAGGCUCAACUAAAAAUGCGUUUACGUUUAUCGUACAAAUAUCAAGACAUAGAUACAAAAGAACAAUGUGAUGUAACAAAUUUUCCGAAACAAACUUGGCAAUGAAACAUUGUUGACAUCAUUAAUCGUCAUCAUAGUGGUUGGUCAUCAUUCUAAAUUAUCCAUCCACUUGAUUCCAUUAUAAUAUCAUGACAAGUGCCUUUUCUAAUUUG